CAUAAUCAUUCACUCAUUCUCCACAGUUUCCCUUUUCCGGUUCUGCAUCAAAGCUGUAACCAUGCCGCUCGCAAUUGAUUUGCUUCAUCCUUCCCCCGCUUCGGAAAGGAGGAAACACAAACUUAAGAGGCUGGUGCCCCAUCCAAACUCGUAUUUUAUGGAUGUCAAAUGCCCCGGCUGCUACAAAAUCACAACGGUAUUUAGCCAUGCACAAAGGGUGGUUGUAUGCGCAGGAUGUUCAACGAUUCUUUGCCAACCUACUGGUGGUCGGGCUAGAUUAACCGAAGGAUGUUCGUUUAGACGAAAACAACAUUAAUUUCCUGGAGAGAGAACCCUAUGUAUAUUUUAAGAUUUGCAUUUUGUUUCUGACUGUAUGAAGGAGUGAUCUUUUAUAAAUUCACUAAUGAAUCCAAUGAAGCAUUAUUAAAUAAAGGCUAUUUCAAAGGGA